AUGGUGAAGUUUGUGGAAUCAGACACGUCGGGUCUACCCCUGAAGCGGAAGCAGGUAGCUCACGCCUGCUCAAAAUGUCGCCAAAGGAAAAAGAGGUGUACGCAUGUGUCAACCCUAUCAACCCUGUCACCGAGCAAGGAGCCCCAGCGUACUCUGACUGUUCGUCGCAACCAGGCACUGUCGCCUAGCAGUCUUGCUACCACGCAGCCAACCUCCCCUUCAUCCCACCAUGAGCCUGGGACCUCAGAAGGCCACGCCCCAAGGUUUGUCGGUGACUCGAAUCCCGAGGCUAUCUUCAUGGAGGCCACCAGCCUCUGCCUCCACCGCGACGUCUCGGCUCCUGGAGGCUUCGGCGUCUGGCAGUUGGCCGGCGUACCCGCCUCCGGCUCGCCCUCGAGGCAGGCUGUCCAGAAGAUAUUGAAACCAUAUCUGUGGAAUCAUUGUCUACCCUGUCUUCCACCACCGCCGGAUUACGCCGUACUGCAGCGCAUAUACCUGCAGAAACUAGAUCCCAUAUUUCCGAUUCUUGGCGACAUGUCGACCGCCUCUCCCGCGGACGAGGUAUCGAGGAUUCUACCCCAGCAGGUGAUUAGCCUUGCGGCGGCGGCAGACCCCGAAGCUACCCAGCAUCUUCGGUUGAGUCCUGCAGGUGCCGUGCUUCCUCGCCAUGAAUUCUGUGCUUCACUGUCCAACUCGAUCCAGACGACACUGGACGUUGGCUUGAUUACAGACCGUAUCCUCCUCACUCGGAUCACUGCCGCCUUGUCGCUGUACACGCAACCUAGCAGCCAGGAAGAGGCCGACAUUCCUGCGCUGCUCAAUAGUCGUGCGGUCCACCAAAUGCAUACGCUGGGCAUUCAAAUGGCCGUAGACGAUGCCAAUGCGAAAUGCGAAAUGAUACGGACCUUGUUCUGCUGCCUGUGGGCUCUGGAUCGCCUCAACGCGGCCUUCUACGGCCGCACCUGUCUCAUUCACGAGAGAGACGUGGGGUGGGACUUUGAUGACUGUAUCGAGAGACAAGCACCACCAUUCCGUUUAUUCUUAUUGAUAAUUGGCUUGCUCGAUGAGGUCAUUGGCCUCUACCGACCUACCAAUCGACACGAAAAGGCCACACUCAUCGAGCUGCCCAUCUUCGAACAGAUGAUUCUCGAUGCUGGUGCUUCUCGGGUAUCGAACUCAUGUCUGGCCUCUCUAGAGAUAUUCUAUCACUCGGUAGCUAUACUGUCUAGUCAGUCACCGGCCGAUGGGACGCGUACUGCCCUGCCAGCGCCAGCGACCAAUAGCCGGCGGUCGCUGGCAGCGGAUCGAAUAACUUCCAUUGUCGGAGGGGAGUUCCUAGAUCAGCUUUCAUAUAUGCCCUUCAUUCCCUACGGGGUGUCAUUGUCGCUAUCCGUAUCGUAUAGGAAGAUGCGACACAGCAAGAUCCCCAUGUUCCGAAACCGUGGGAAGCAGGCGUUCAGGGCGAACACGAUCCUCCUCAAAUCACUAGACGACACAUUCUGGACGGCGAAGACCAUCGUGGAAAAGGCGGAGCAAGUUCUGCGGGAGAUGGACAAGGCCGUCGCGUCACUUGCGCAGGAGACAGGACUGACAGAGUCAUCCAAGAGGACGGCAGAGCCAACUUCGCAUAGAGAACAUCAACCGUCGCAGUCGGCUACGGUUGACCCUGCAGCUCACGAUGCUCUUCAGGGCAGCAGCGACUGGUCGUUUCUCGAAGCAGCCCCUGAUCUGGAUGUGUUUGGAUAUUUCGAUCCGACAUUCGACCUAGGCGCUGUGGAUGCCGCGCUCGAGGGGAACCUGGAUUUUGGAGCCUCGUCGAACUGGUUUGACUGGCAGUGA